GAGGCCAGCCUAACCGUAGGCUGUCAGGCUUGCUCGAGUUUAUGUUAAUUUGGAGGCCAUUUUAGGGUUCUCGGUGCUUCGGAGAGCCCUUUCUUCUUCCUUCUUUGUUUCUGCACGCGACGGAGCUCCACGAGCGAGCGAGAGCGAGAGAGAGGGAGAGAGGGAGCGAGCGAGGGGGGAGGAAACCAGCUGCAUCAGCAGCAGAGCAGCAGCAGAAGCAGCAGCACGCGCAGGAAUGGAACGGAAGGAUUGCCGAAAGGUUCAACCUGUCCCCGUUGUUAUGUAGAUUGACUCGGACGUGCUCGGCUUCGUUUGCUUGCUUGUGCUCUUGAUUGAUUCGGCGACGGGUGCAAUUCGAUUUUCCGGACGAGUCUGGGCCGAGGAGGUUGGUGCACCAAGACUGUGUACGGACGAAGGAUACCGCGAUGGGCGAGCAGUGAGUGAGUCGAGUGUGUGAGUGACUGACACACGGGGAGGGAAAUACCGAGGGAAGGAGGGAGGGGAGAGACGAGAGGCAGCGAGAGGGAGACGGAGGCAGAGGCAUACUGACAGUGACGUCGCGAGAGAGGAGGAGGAGGAGGGGGUGAGGGAGGGAGAGAGAGAGAGAGAGGGAGCGAGCGUGCGAGCGAGGGAAUGGUGUAAGACAGCAGCAGAAGCAGCUCGGUCUGGCUCGGUGCUAUCUCUUCGUCAGCGAGCGAGACCUGUAGUAGAGACAGCGAUGGUUUCGGGAGAGCUGGAUCGACCGGCUAGUGUAAUGGAGUCGGGUCGCAUUUAAUAGUAGAUCCAGACUCAUUGGGUACCUGGUGGUGGUGACCUGCUGUGGCGGAGUUUCCAGAUGGAAUGUGCCGUGAAUCGUUUUAGGUGAAAGCCUGUCAGACGGGUAUUGAGGCUAGCUGAUCGAUCUACUACGUUCCCGGCGAUGAGAAUCUGGAGAAUGGCAUCACGGAAGCGGUGAUUCGGCUGCUUUCCCUACACUAGUUUUCUCCCCAUCCACCAGCGCAGGAGACUGCUAGCUGCAAGCAGAUAUCCAGGAAGUGGUGUAGCUGUUGGACUUAGGAUGCUCAGGUUGACUGAUUAGAGAGGGAGGGGGAGAGAUCAAAUCAGCACGAAGGAUUGUCAUGUGGAGGACUGAUCAAUCUACACGAGAGCAUCGUAGCUAUUUAUGAAUUUUUGGGGCGACGAGUCGUCCGAUUUUACAGAAGAAUCGACUUGCCUGCAUCCUUGCCGGGGAACUAUGCUUAAGCCUGGAGCAUGGAACAUAACCAGAUUUUUAUCCAAUUUCUGAGGUCUAGUUUCCAGGAAAUGCAUUAGACAUGGGCCCUGCCCACUCGAGUCGGUAUAAUCAAGUUUGCUGAAUUGUCAGCAAGUUAUUCAGAUUGACCGGCCUCUCCGGAGAGGCUGCGUGCUGGGCGUCGAGCGACAAAUGCGAGGGAGGGAGACGUGUACUAGAGAUUAUAAUGGAAGGGGGCAGUGGACUUGGACGGGGCGGUACAGGACCAAGUGCCAGCGCAGAAUUCUACCUACCGAAUUAUCGGCUCGGAAAAACUCUGGGUAUAGGUUCUUUUGGCAAGGUGAAGGUUGCUGAACAUGCGCUCACUGGCCAUAAGGUUGCGAUUAAGAUUCUCAAUCGGCGCAAAAUCCGAGCAAUGGAUAUGGAAGAGAAAGUUCGCCGAGAAAUCAAGAUCCUGCGGCUUUUCAUGCAUCCACACAUCAUUCGUCUCUAUGAAGUUAUCGACACACCAACAGACAUAUUUGUUGUCAUGGAGUACGUGAAGUCUGGGGAAUUGUUUGACUAUAUUGUAGAAAAGGGCCGUCUACUUGAACACGAAGCUCGCAGGUUUUUCCAACAGAUUGUGUCAGGCGUGGAAUACUGCCAUCGAAAUAUGGUCGUACACAGAGAUUUGAAGCCGGAAAACUUGCUGUUGGAUUCCAAGUGGAAUGUAAAGAUCGCCGAUUUUGGGCUGAGUAAUAUCAUGAGAGAUGGUCACUUUUUAAAAACAAGUUGUGGAAGUCCAAAUUAUGCUGCUCCUGAGGUCAUAUCUGGAAAGCUGUAUGCUGGCCCCGAAGUAGAUGUAUGGAGUUGUGGCGUCAUUCUGUAUGCACUUCUUUGUGGAAGCCUUCCUUUCGACGACGAGAACAUACCUAAUCUUUUCAAGAAAAUCAAGGGGGGAAUAUACACGCUUCCGAGCCAUCUGUCCCCUGGAGCAAGAGACCUUAUUCCUCGGAUGCUUCUUGUUGAUCCCAUGAAGCGGGUUACUAUUCCAGAGAUCAGGCAACAUCCUUGGUUUCAAGCACACCUCCCUCGUUAUCUAGCUGUUCCUCCCCCUGACACAAUCCAACAAGCUAAGCGGAUUGACGAAGAUAUACUGCUAGAAGUCGUAAGGAUGGGGUUCGACAAAAUUCAGUUGUGCGAUUCUUUGCGAAACAGAUUACAAAACAAGGCAACCGUGGCAUAUUACCUGAUGUUGGACAAUAGACGCCGAAUUUCUAAUGGUUAUCUUGGAGCAGAUUUUCACGAAGGGCGGGAAUCUCAAGGAUCACACAUGGAUGCAAUGGUGCCUUCACCUAUGGGCAGACCUGCAGCUCCUCGGUUCCCUCCAGGAGCAGUGAAUCGGCAUUUAUCACCGUCCAACCUCCAGGGUAGAGUGGUUGCCGAGCGGAAAUGGGCUCUUGGUCUUCAGUCUCGUGCGGCUCCAAGGGAAAUAAUGAUGGAGGUUUUGAAAGCAUUGCAUGAGCUUGAAAUCUGCUGGAAAAAACUGGGCCACUACAGUGUGAAGUGUAGAUGGGUACCACCUCAUCCUGCGGGUGCCUCUCAAGCAUGUAGAUCAAAUUCCGACUCGCCGAUGGUCUCAGGCUCUCUCAGCAGUCUUCCCAAUUCACCAAUGCUUGCUAGUAGUACUCUUCAGCCAGGUGGAGAAUUGGAGAGAAAUGCCUCCACCGAAGGGAGUGAGGAAACAGAAGAUAGUCAAGGCGGAGAAGAGCAAAAUGUUGUUAAGUUCGAAGUCCAGUUGUACAAAGUGAGAGAAGAGAAAUAUUUGCUGGAUUUACAGAGAGUAGAAGGACCAUACCUGCUCUUCCUCGACCUUUGUGCUUCUUUUCUAACGGAAUUGCGGAUUCUGUGAAUGUAUUUUCAAAUGUGUGAGUGCAUUCACUGAAGGUGGUUCUCUUCUCCAUUAUUUGAGAGCUCUACAGGCCCACUCCUGGUGUAUUCUAGUCCAAUUUGUCUUGUGGAAGCAACCACUUGAAAGCAUGAAAUCAUUUUGAAAGGUGUUCUGGGCUGACGAGUAAGUAGCCCACGCGAAGUGGGGUUUAGAUUCAAGAGUUCCUGUUCGUUUCUCUCAUUCUUGAUUACCUGCAGGAGGAUCGAUGCUCUUCUGUGGAAGUUCUGAGCAAUGAUCAAUUUCAUGUGAGUUUCUUUUCACACCAAGCGAAAGCCUUCCCUCAGUGGCACACUUAAAAAAAUAUUUCAAAGUAUCGAAGUGCCAUGAAUGUCCCACUCGAACAGGAUAAUAGCGCCAGCUAGCUAGCCAGCUAGUUAGCCAGUACUCUAAACGGAAGGGUGUAUUGAUGAAAUUGUCCAUCAGUUUGUAAUGAUAAACGAAAGUGUAAAGAUCUGAUCUGUGUUUUGAAGCAUCAGUCCCUUCGGAAGAUCAAGAUUCACCUUUUGUUCGUUGUUGGUCGAUAAUGUGGAUGUUUUUU